UCCUAGUCCCUUCGUUCCAAGUGGGAAUCAAAGAGGAAUUCACUCGAAGCAGCGUGAUCGUGCUUGUGCUUGUGCUAGCUAGUCCAAUCCAACUCCAACAGGAGCCCGAAUUCUCUUCCUCGUGCGCGCGCGAAUCGCUUGUUACUGUUACUGGAGGAAUUGGGGGAAGAAUGACGGUAAGCAUAGAAGGAGAGAAGGUGAUACUGGUGCCAUACAUGAAAGAGCAUGUGGCCAAGUACCAUGUAUGGAUGCAAGACCCUGCCAUUCUAGAAGCCACUGCCUCCGAGCCUCUCACGCUCGAUCAAGAGUAUGAGAUGCAAAUAUCGUGGGUUCAAGAUCCCCUCAAGCACACUUUUAUAAUUCUGGACAAAGAAUUAGUUAUUGGAGACUUUAUUCAUGGAGAAUCCCACAAUGAAGCCAUGGUUGGUGAUGUAAAUAUAUUUAUGAAUGAUCCGGAGGAUCCUGAAUUGGCAGAAGUAGAAAUUAUGAUUGCUGAACAUAAGAGUCGUGGAAAAGGACUAGCAAAAGAGUCUGUUACGCUCAUGAUGGCAUUUGCUGUUCAGAAGUUUGGCAUCCACAUCUUCCAAGCCAAAGUAGGAGAAUCAAAUGAAGCUUCUCUUAGUCUAUUUCAUAAAUUGGGAUUCAAGGAGAUCUCUCAUAGCAAGAUAUUUAAAGAGAUUACACUGGAAUUGCCAGUAACAGAGGCCAAGAGUAAAGAACUGCAUCAAUUAAUUGGAUAUGCUGUUAUGCAUUCGUGACAAUUAUUCUUGAGGCUUGUUUAAAUAUGUAUAGACAAAACAAUAUUCACUUUAUGAAUAUUCGGCUUGACAACAAACUAAUCUUGUGUUAGCUAAAUACCUGGUCUCAUUCCAAUGCUAAUUUUCUUUGUAUUAUUUCAUCUUUGAGUAGAACAAGUGCAGGAGCUAUAAACUUCACGUGGCAACUAUUCUGUUACACAUUUUUAGAAAAUUAUUUCUUCGGGACCUUUGAAGCAAGUGAGAAUUUUUAUGUUUUAGUAGUGGGAUACUGGAAAUUGCUGAUAUGCUGAAGUUAAGGGGAUGGUUGAAACUUGUCGCCACUCAAAAGGUCAAAUUUCAGUAUUACAACAACUUAUACGGCUGCAUUAUCAUCAGGUUCGAAGGAAAGGUUGCAUGCAUCUGAGGAACGUUUCCAGAAACCGAACUUCCUGCUUGCCAUACAUGAUUGACAACACUACCAUUUUUCAGUGGCCCCACAGUAGCAUAUAUUGUCAUCACAUUGUUUGCAUAUUCUGCUGAUAUAUUCGAAACAAGAAAACUAAGUUUCUCUGGCAGCAUUGAAGGGUCGUAGCUCUUUAUGGAUGUUGGAUAAACGAUCAUUCUUCCGUCGGCAUUAUGGAAAGCAACCAAAGCUUGUGAUCCGAUCAUGCCAGGCCUUGUGGGGUUGAUCCCCCAUGCAAUCCAUCCCGUUGGAACUUGUUUUGCCCUGUAAGCUAUCGAAACCUUUUCAUGGGAUGGAACGUAAUUCCAGUAAAGUUGAGCACCUAAAUGUCGAAGAUCCACACAGGAUUUAAACACUCUUUUGUGUAAGAAAGUGGUGUGGGAGCAUUUUAGAGCAGAGGAAAUGGCAAAAACUGAAGCAAGAAGACUAACAAGGAAUUUGAGCACAGAAACUGCAGCCAUGAGGUACCCCUCUUUCUCUCUUUGUCUAUAUAUAUAUAUGUGUGUGUGUGUGUGUGUGUAUAAUUUUAUUUGUUAGAUAGCUAUAGCCCUAUGACAGUGCUAGAACUACUACUAAUUGAAUUAUGUUUGGAAUAUCUAUGAAUUUUUCUGCAAAUUGGGAUUUAUAUUCCUGAAAUGUUGGGUUAGGAAGCAAUAAGAUGAGGAGAAGAUAAGUAAUAUAAGUGAUGAAUAGUUUUGAAUUAGGUAUGCAGCAGUUUAAUAGUUGAUUCAGAGCUGAUAAAAUUAUUUUCACAUGUUUACUUUGGUGGACAAAGUCCUUUAUUAGUAACCUCAAUGAUGGCAUAAUUAAUUAGCUAGUAAUAUGUGGGAUAAGAUCGAAUAAUUUUCAAAAAUAAUUCAUGAAAUCAUUAUUUCAUCCUUGAAAUACUCUGGGUUAAGGGGGAAUUAGGUUUUGGCAUGUAACUACUUGUAUUUGACCUUUAGUUUAGCAUUGUAAGAAAUAUGUGCAUUGGUAUUUAAUCCCAUUUUGUUGUAAUGGUGUAUAAUGUAUAUGAUAUGGUUAAGCCGGGAAUUAGGUUUUGGCAUGUAACUACUUGUAUUUGGCCUUUAUUUCUAGAUAUAAGGUUGUUUUUGGUUUGUAUGUCAUUUGUGUUUUGUUUUUGCAUAGUGAUGUGGUGUGCUGUUUUGUGAGGGAACAGUGUAUUUUUCUUAGGGAACAUGGGACUACUUAGUAACGAAAUAGAGAAAAAUUGCUAUAAGAAGAAAAGCCUAAAUGUUUAUCAACUUUAGUCAAUCUCUUGUAUAAUUCUUCCUUUGAUAUGAACAU